UUUGUGUUUAUCCUAAUAAAAAGGUACAAUCCAUUUUUUUGUUUGAAUGCGUAGACAUUUGUUUAGCCUGCAGAGCAAAACAGGAAGUUGAGGGAAGACGAAUGCUGCGAACUUUGGAUGAUUGGUUAUUGAAGCAAGCUAACAUCACCCAACACUGGAAUUUGAGGCAGCCGUAGAGGGAAUUGAAACUGAUGGCAAAAGCCAGUGAGAGAAGGAAAAAAGAGAUCGCGCCAGGCAGCGUGAUGAAAGCUGUAAUUAGACCCGGUGGUGGUUCAGCACAUCCUCAAGAGGGAGACCAGAUUCUAUUCCACUGCACAACACGAACUGAAAAUGGGGUCGUUGUUGAUUCCACAAGGUCAGAGUGUGGGGGUCGUGGCUUUCCAAAAAGGUUGGUUUUGGGGAAGAGCAAAAUGAUUUGUGGCUGGGAAGAGGGCAUACCUUCAAUGCUGAAGGGCGAGGUUGCCAUGUUAAGAAUAAAGUCAGAGCUGCACUAUGGGGAUGAGAAUUGUCCAGUUGAAGUUCCUGAAAACUAUCCAGUGAGUGAAGAGCUUCUUUUUGAGAUUGAACUACUAGACUUCUUUAAGGUCAAGAUUAUAAGUGAUGACUUGGGCGUUACCAAGCAGGUUUUGAUUGAAGGUGAAGGGUGGGAGACAGCUCGAGAGCCAUAUGAGGUCAAAGCCUGGAUAACAGCAAGAACCCUUGAUAAUCAAGAAAUAUUAUCUUUCAAAGAAGGCGAACCUUUACACUUUACAUUUGGGAAGAAAGAGGUGCCUGAAGGAUUAGAAAGGGGCGUUGGAGCUAUGACCAGGAAGGAGAAGGCAAUUAUUUAUGUUAAUGGUUCUUACCUAACUGCAGCUUCCUGCAUGCCAUCAUUAGAAAAAAUUUCUGAAGAGGUUCUGUUUGAAGUAGAAAUUGUUCAAAUUAUCCAGGUGCGUGAUAUGGUUGGGGAUGGCCGUCUAAUAAAACGGCGCAUUAAAGAUGGAAAAGGUGAAUUUCCAAUGGAUUGUCCACUCCAAGACAGUUUACUAUAUAUUCAUUACAAAGGUAUGCUACCUGAUGAAGGUGGCAAAGUGUUUUAUGAUACACAUGUUAAUGGGAAUGGAGAACCAUUAGAGUUUAGAUCAGGUGAAGGCAUGGUACCAGAAGGCUUGGAAAUGUGCAUACGACUUAUGCUUCCCAAUGAGAUUGCUCUUGUCUCUAGCACGCCAGAUUAUGCCUAUGACAAAUUUCCACGGCCUGAGAAUGUUCCAGAAGGAGCUAAUAUACAAUGGGAAGUCGAGUUGCUUAAAUUUGAAACACCAAAGGACUGGACAGGCAUGAACUUCACGCAGAUAAUGGAUGAAACUGAGAAAAUAAAAAGCACUGGAAAUAGACUUUUCAAAGAAGGAAAGUAUGAGCUUGCUAAGGCCAAAUAUGAAAAGGUGCUGAAGGACUUCAACCAUGUGAAUCCACAAGAUAACGACGAAGGAAAAAUAUUUGUUCAAACAAGGAGUUCCCUGCAUUUAAAUGUAGCAGCAUGCUAUCAGAAGAUCGGUGAAUACAAAAAAGCUUUAGAAUCAUGCAAUAAGGUACUGGGAGAAAACCCCGGACAUGUAAAAGCUUUGUAUCGACGCGGCAUUGCUUAUAUGGCAUGUGGAGAUUUUGAUGAAGCGCGCAAAGAUUUUAACAUGAUGGUAAACAUUGACAAAUCUUCAGAGCCUGAUGCAACUGCUGCCCUAAAUAAACUUAGGCACAGGGAACAGGAAGUAGAAGAACAACAAAGAAAGCAAUUCAAGGGCCUCUUUGAUAAAAAGCCAGGGGAAAUUUCCAAGGAAGAGAACAAUGAUCAAGAGCAACAGGAGGCUUCUAUUCAAGAUUCUAAAGAUGUGGCUGCUGAAAAAUCAGAUGAAUUGGAAAACCAUGAACCUCAAGAGACACCUCAAUUUCAAUAUCAAUUUGCAAAGCAGGAGACGUUCACAAGGUUUUGGACUCAUGGUAGAAACAUUAUGAGGCGCCUAGGAUUAUCAAAAUGCACUAUUCUAUGAAAUUUUUAUUUUUAGAUACAGGAAAAUAAAAGCAUUUGUAGCUGAACACAUGUAAUUGAAUUUGGUGCCCUAUUAAGAAAUUAUUUUUCUAUGUACACAUACAUGUGAUAACGUAAGCAUUCAAAUGUGGAUCAUAUCUAUUUUAGGCCAAUUUCUCUUAGAAGUAAAUCAUGUUCGGACCGAAAAUGUUAAGUUGAUUCAAGAAAUAACAACUUACUCUUUUAUAAAGAA